UCCUGGGCGCGGCGGGGUCCUCCGCGCGCGGCGCGGCGCGGAGAAGUGACGUCACGCGACGGCAUGGCGGGCAGCGGGCGUCGGCCCGAGCACCGUGGGCCGCCCGAGCUGUUCUACGAUGAGGCCGAGGCGCGGAAGUACACGCAGAACUCCCGGGUGGUGGAGAUCCAGUCGCAGAUGUCGGAGCGGGCUGUGGAGCUGCUGGGACUGCCCGAGGACCGGCCGUGCCUUCUCCUGGACGUGGGCUGUGGCUCCGGGCUGAGUGGGGAUUACAUCUCCGACGAGGGUCACUACUGGAUUGGUAUGGACAUCAGCCCUGCUAUGCUGGAUGUAGCUGUGGAGAGGGAGGUGGAAGGAGACCUUCUCCUUGCAGAUGUAGGUUACGGCAUUCCCUUCAGGCCCGGCAUGUUUGAUGGCUGCAUCAGUAUUUCCGCAGUCCAGUGGCUUUGUAAUGCUGAUAAGAAAUCACACAGUCCUCCAAAACGCCUUUAUCGAUUCUUCUCAACUCUUUAUACUGCCUUGGCCCAAGGAUCCCGAGCUGUCCUGCAGCUGUACCCCGAGAACUCAGAGCAGCUGGAGCUCAUCACAGCCCAAGCCAUGAGAGCUGGCUUUACUGGCGGAAUGGUGGUAGAUUACCCCAACAGCGCCAAAGCCAAGAAGUUCUUCCUUUGUCUCUUUGUUGGGACAUCUGGCACAUUACCGAAGGGCCUUGGUACUGAGUGCGCUGAUGAAGAGAUACACCAGGCAAAGUUCACCAAUGAGAGGACACGGUUCAGAAAUGCCAAGGGUAAGUCUGUGAAGAAAAGCAAGGACUGGAUCCUUGAGAAGAAGGAGCGUAGACGACGACAGGGCAAGGAAGUGCGAGCUGACACAAAAUACACAGGUCGAAAGCGCCGCCCUCGCUUCUGAUUUGCUCUGGACUCUGCUGGCUUGGAAAGAUGGUGUGUUGGUCUCUUCAGUGAGCCUCCUGUGGAUGGCACAGAUGGGCACUCCAGGCCUGGGACUUGCUGGGACAGGUCAUUGUGGCUCUUGCAGGUGUAAACUGGCUCAGGUGCUGCCCAACAGCCAACUGCAAAGCUUCCAGCCCUGUUUUUUGGGUGAAGGUAGAGUGGCAGUGCUCCUGGCCACUUGGUGACUGCAAUGCCAUUGCUUAUCUUCCUGAGAGUGAAGUGAGCCACCUGGAGCUCCAGGUGAGCCAGAACAUUAUAUCCAGCCUCCUCACUAAACACUCAACGAGUCAGAA